GCGGGGAGGGGUCCCGGGGACACCGCGGGGUCACGGGGACCCUCCCGGUACCGCCACCGGCCCCGGGGGGACUCUUAUUGCGGCGAGGGGCGUGUCCGUGACGUCACAGGGCGUGUCCCGGGGCUCUUAUCGCGGCGGGGGCUCCGCGCGCUGCUUAGUCACGGCCCCCCCCCCCGCCCCCCCGGCCCCGGGGCCGCGGCGUGAACCGCCUCUCCACCCGUCACCCCCGCCGCCUCCCGCCCUCUCCCCCGCCAUGUCCAGCCCGUCCCCGCCGCUCCCGGAGCUCCGGGCCGAGGUGACUCCGUCGCCGUGCUCGUCCCUGUCCCGUUACACGCUCUCCGAGCACCCCGCGGCCGCGCUGGCGGCCAUGAACGAGCUGCGCCUGCAGGGCCACCUGUGCGAUGUCACCCUGCGCGUCCGCCACCGCCGGGACCUGCCGCCCACCGAGCUGCGGGCGCACCGGGUGGUGCUGGCGGCCGCCAGCCCCGUUUUCCGGGCCAUGUUCACGGCGGGGCUGCGCGAGCGGGGCCUGGCCGAGGUGCCCAUCGAGGGCGUGCAGCCCGGGGCCAUGGAGGGGCUGCUGGAGUUCGCCUACACGGCGGCCGUGGCGGUGGGCGAGCGCUGCGUGCUGCCGCUGCUGCACGGGGCCCUCAUGUACCAGGUGGACGCCGUGGUGGGCGCCUGCUGCGCCUUCCUGGGGGGGCAGCUGCACCCCAGCAACGCCAUCGGCAUCGCGGCGCUGGCCGAGCGCCUGGGCUGCCUGGAGCUGCUGCAGAGGGCGCGGGAGUACAUCUACAUGAACUUCGCUGAGGUCUCCAAGCAGGAGGAGUUCCUCUCCCUCUCGCACUGCCAGCUGGCCACGCUGCUGAGCCGCGACGAGCUGAACGUGCGCUGCGAGUCCGAGGUGUUCCAGGCGUGCCUGGCCUGGGUGCAGCAGGACCGGGCGGCGCGGGCCCCGUUCCUCCCGGCGCUGCUGCGCGCCGUGCGCUGCCACGCGCUCACGCCGCGCUUCCUCCGCGCCCAGCUCCGCCGCGACCUCGGCCGCGACGCCCUGCGCUACCUGGCCCGCGUCUUCCGCGACCUCUCCCUGCACAAACCCACGCCGGGGGGCAGGACCCCCAAGGUGCGGCAGCUGAUUUACGCCGCCGGGGGUUACCUGAGGAGGUCGCUGAGCACGCUGGAGGCGUUCGACCCCGAGAGGGGAGCGUGGCUGCGGCUGGCCGAGAUGGAGACGCCGCGCUCGGGGCUGGGGGGCUGCGUGGUCGGGGGGCUUUUCUACGCCGUGGGGGGAAGGAACAACUCGGCCGAGGGGAACACGGACUCGGCGGCCGUGGAGUGCUACAACCCGCUCAGCGGGCGCUGGGCGCCCUGCGCCGCCAUGAGCGUGCCCAGGAACCGCGUCGGGGUGGGAGUGAUCGACGGGCUGAUCUACGCCGUGGGGGGGUCGCACGGGUGCGCCCACCACUGCUCCGUGGAGAGGUACGAGCCCGAGCGGGACGAGUGGGCGCAGGUGGCGCCCAUGGGGGCGCGGCGCAUCGGGGUGGGCGUGGCCGUGCUGCACCGCCUGCUCUACGCCGUGGGCGGCUUCGACGGCAGCGCCCGCCUCAGCUCGGCCGAGCGCUACCACCCCGAGAGGGACCGCUGGCAGCCCAUCCCCCCCAUGGCCACCGUCCGCAGCGGCGCAGGGGUGUGUGCCCUCGGGAACUGCCUGUACGCCAUGGGGGGGUACGAUGGCACCCAGCAGCUGAGCAGCGCCGAGCGCUUCCAGCCCGACACCCAGACCUGGAGCUUCGUGGCACCCAUGGGACACCGCAGGAGCGCCCUGGGGGUGACGGCCUUCAGGGGCAGGAUCUACGUCCUGGGGGGCUACGACGGCCACUCCUUCCUGGAGUCCGUGGAGUGCUACGACCCCGCCGGGGACGCCUGGACCGAGGUGACGCCGCCGAUGCCCUCGGGGCGCAGCGGGCUGGGGGUGGCCGUCACCAUGGAGCCCUGCCACCCCCAGGAGACCCCCCCCGAGGACGAGGAGCCCCCCCCGGGUGGGUCUUGCUGACCCUGGCGCCGCCGGGGGGGGCAGGGGGGGGGGCUGGGGGCUCCGGGUGCAGCCCGCACCCGAAAUUCCAGAAUCUUCCCCCAAACCCCCCCCCCCCCACAAACCCAUCCCCCCACCGGCGGCGGAUUGCAGAGAAGGGGGGGGGCACCGAGACCCCCCCUCAAACCCCAAAAAAAGCUCACAGGACUUUUCCCUGCCCCUCCUCAAGGGCAGCUUUGGGGGUUUUGCUGAUGGCCGGACGCGGAAUAAAGAGAUUGGUGAUUUAA